AACAUAUUUUUAUACGGAACAUAUUCAACAGGAUCAAACGUUGAAUUUGUCCAAACCGCUUUGACGUAUUUUGAUUAUGGUAAUGACGUAAAAAGCCAAAAUGUUUUCAACAUAUCAUGUCUAGCUAGCGUGGUUGACACAGACUACGAGUAUUUUGGACAAGACGACUUUAGGGUCAGAAAACCAGAUAUUGAAUUCGAAAUGCAUGAUAAACCUGCCAUGUCGCGUGAAGUACGGGCUACUGUUAAGUUUAGAAAUCCGUUGCCCCUGUCUUUGAAAGAUGGAAAAUUUUUUAUCGCUGGUUCAUCGUUGCCUAAAACUCUGGAAAUCAAAGUUGGUAAGGUCAGUGCAAAAAAAACAACCAGUGUGUCGUUCAAAUUCACUCCACAAUUCACCGGAAAGCAAGUAAUUUCUGCGAAAUUUACUUCCAAACAACUGCAAGACGUUGAUGGUUAUUUACAAUUUAUGGUUUAAAAUGGGCGAUGGACAUAUGGAUGGCCUGGGCAAAUUCUAAUUCAGUCAGAUUUAUCAAAUACGAUUUCUGCAUACUAUUUGUAUCGCAAGGGAAUUGUUAUUUUAUUUAUUACUCUAAGUUAAAUAAUAUUAAUUGAUUUAAUUAAUUUUCUUCAACAUACAGCUAUUAUGCCAUUUACUUAGUUUUAGCGCCACUAAUUAGUUAAGGAAAAAAAAACAGGAUCGGAAUGUAUUUAUAAUAUUUUAUAUAACAAAUUUA